AUGGGACAUUAUCCUAGUGACUCUGGGUCAUUUGCUGUGCCAACACAAAGGUUUAAUUUAACUCAAGCUAAACCUACAACCUCUACAGUGAAUAACACUGGUGGUUAUACUUUUAGAACUAAUCAAGACAACAGGAGAUGUCUGAAUUGCAACUAUUGCAAAAAGCCAGGACAUACAAUCGACAAAUGCUAUAAACUUCAUGGUUAUCCACAGAAUUUCAAGCCAGGUUAUCCACAGAAUUUCAAACAAAGAAGAAUUCAGAAUUCUAUUCAAGGAAAUGCAGUAACAACAGAUGAAGGUUAUGGUCAAGUUCAAUCCCAUGAUGUGGAAGCAACCAUUGGUAUAAAGCAAGAACAAUUGACACAACUAAUGAAAUUACUUCAACAAGUUAAAAUUGGUCAGGAAGCUACAACAAAUUCUGAAACCAUUGCCAAUGCUAAUUGUGUUGGUACAUGCUUGCCUAAUCUUUCCUAUUCACAAAGCAAUCUUAGGAGUCAUAUUUGGAUUCUUGACUCUGGAGCUUCAGAACACAUGACUUUUGACUCUAGCAUCAUUGUUAAUAUCAAACCUUUACCUAAUCCUGUUAAUGUUAAUCUUCCUAAUUCACAAAGAUUAAGAGUAACUCUGGCAGGACAAGUAACAAUACAUCCAGACUUGACUCUACACAAAGUUCUUUAUGUCCCAGAUUUUAAAUUCAACCUCAUUUCAGUUAACAGACUGUGCACUCAACUCAAAGUUCUUCUUACCUUUGCUGAAACUUGUUGUUUGAUGCAGGGCCUUUCUUUGAGGAGGCCCAUGGUCCUUGGUGAUGUGAAGGCUGGUCUUUACCUUUUCCACUCAACUCACAAGCUUGCUGAUUCCCUGUAUUCAAAUAAAGCUGUCACAUUUUCACAGAAUUCUUCUCUACCAUACUGCAAUUCUCAUAUUAUGUCUAACUCUGUUAAUACUGAUAAAAAUCUGUGGCAUGUAAGGCUAGGACAUUUACCCAUUUCUACCAUGAGAUAUAUUUCUAUCUUACCACAAUCUGCUGUUUGUAAAGAAGAUAUUCCCUGUUCCAUUUGUCCUAUGGCUAGACAACACAGAUUACCUUUUCCAGACAGCACAAGUUCUACUUCUCAUAUUUUUGAACUUAUUCACAUUGAUACCUGGGGACCCUACAAGGAACCCACCUACAAUGGUUUUAAAAAACAAUUUGAAGUCAAAGUCAAGAAAGUUAGGUCUGAUAAUGCCUUUGAGCUAGGAAGCAGUCUUGCUACCAUAGCUUAUUUUUCUUCCAAAGGAAUUAUUCACCAAACCACUUGUGUUGGGACCCCUCAACAAAAUGGUAUUGUUGAGAGAAAACACAAACAUUUGAUGGAAACCUGUCGAGCUCUUCUUUUUCAUUCCAAAGUACCUAUUUGUUAUUGGGGGGAAUGUUUACUUACUGCCACUUUUCUCAUUAAUAGAUUUCCUACCAAACUUCUACACUACAAAUCUCCUUAUGAAAUACUGUUUCACAAACCUCCUAAUUACACUUUUCUUAGAAGUUUUGGAUACUUAUGUUUUGCUUCUACUUUGCCUAAUCUUAGAGGCAAACUUGAUCCUAGGGCUAUCACUUGUGUCUUCCUUGGUUAUCCUACUGGUAAGAAAGGAUACAAGCUAUUAAAUUUAGCAACCAAUAAGGUUUUUGUCUCCAGAAAUGUGAUUUUUCAUGAAUCUGUUUUUCCUUUUACACAUCCUACCACUACUUUCUCUCAGUUCUUUCCUCCUUCUUCUACUAUUGAUUUUUCUACACCACAACCUAUCACUUUUUCUGAUUCCUCUAUUCCUCUCCCCACUGAUGAUUCUCCUGCUCCUGUUUCCUCUCCAGUUUCAUUUCCUCCAGCUGAUCAUAGUCCUAUUCCUAGUUCACCUUCUACAUCAUCUUUUAAUCCUUCUCCUUCUUCAUCUGGUUCACCUAUCUCCUCCUCUCCAUCUCCUUCUCAUCCUCCCACCACUCAUGUUUCCUCUUCUGAGGUUCCUCCUGAUGCCUUGCGCAUAUCUUUAAGAGAACACAAUGCUCCUAGUUAUUUGUCUGACUACAUCUGUGGGGCAGUGCACCUAACCAAUGUAUCUAAUUCCUGUUUCUUCUCACUUGUUUCCCCUUCUACUAUUUCUCCCAAUCUACUUUCUGUUUCUAACCAAAGUUUGCUAAAUUCCCUACCUAAUGUCCAUGAGCCUUCUAGUUAUUCUCAGGCAGCAUUGGACCCUGGUUGGCAAGCAGCAAUGGAUAAGGAACUUGAUGCUUUAAAGGCUAAUGAUACUUGGGAGGUAGUUCCAUUACCUGUUGGGAGGAAGGCUUUACCUUGUAAGUGGGUCUACAAGGUUAAACUAAAAUCUGAUGGGAGUGUGGAAAGGCUCAAAUCUCGUUUGGUUAUUAGAAGGGAUACUCAACGAGAGGGGAUUGAUUUUGCAGAGACUUUCUCCCCUGUGGUCAAAUUGACCACUAUUAGGUGCAUUCUUGCUAUUGCUGUUAAAAAAAUUGGGGACUUUAUCAAUUGGAUGUGA